AAUUAGGAGGGCAACUUAAGAAAUAAAUUUGUGAAGACAUGGGAUGGAUAGGGGAAAAAGUAGAAAAAAUGAUGAAAGGUUAGUGUGCCUAUAGCUGAGGGUAACAAAGGAGGGAAUCAAUGGUGAGUGUGCCUAUAGCUGAGAGUAACAAAGGAGGGAAACAAUGGCGAGAAUGAAGAACAUUACAGAGGUAAUAUUUCACCUGGCUAGUGUUAUUUGAACACCGUGUCUGCUAAGUUGAAAAUUCCUUCAUUUUCUCUUUCGAUGUAUGAUAGCCUUACACCUAGGAAUAAAGUUGUCUCUUCAGUGAAAUAACAUCUUUCCCUCUCCCUUCUUGACGCUUACGGACUAAAAUGAGUACUAUGUGCACAGUAAGUGUGUAUUUGGAUUGGCCGGAAGUUGGUACUGUGAAAGUCACUUUGCCUCUGACCAUGCAGAAGGGAAAACCACACUAGUUCCAGCCCCAGCUGUCAGGCCAGGAUUUCGCCCUAGCCCUUUUCCAAUCAAUACUUAGAAAUGCCUGGUGCCAUCAGGAGGGAGCUGCAUUUUUAAAAAAUGAAUAAAGUGGGACAGCCAAAAUCUUUACAUUCUUUAUGCUCUUCUCUGCAGCUUUCUGCCCAGGGAUGGAGACUACUCUGAUAGCUGCAGAUAGGCAGCCUGAAGGUGCCAUACUCCCCUGCCCUGAGAAGGGGAUUGGGGAUACAAAAAAUAGCCAGUCCUACAAUACAGGCUUCCGAAAUGCACUAUCAGAGUUAGUGACAAGGGAGCCGCUCUCCCUCUGGGGCUACAGCAGUGCAGGGAGCUUUAGUGGAUCAAUACUUUAGUCUUGUCAUGCUAAUUGCUCAUUGGUUGACAUUCAUGAUCCUUCCUUGCUCCCUCCCUAUGUAAACUCUUUACAGCUGGAACAGCAAGAUGCAAAAAUCCUGAGCCUUCAAAGCCAGCUCCUGCAGAAGAGAGAGGGCCUGGCAGCUGAGCUGGAUGCUUCAGGAGCAGAGGAUCUAUCAACUGCAAACCAAGCACAGGGAGACGCAGGCAAACCUGGAACAGUAACCCAGCCAGCUCCAAUUGCUCCGACAGUACUUGGUGGCUAGAGAGUCAGCAGCAGAAAGCAUGCCCCGGGCCAUGAAGCAGGAAAUGGACUCUGACUCAAUCCUUGAGGUCUGGCAGAGAAAACAAAAGCUCAGCUGGAAGAGACUGAAAUGGAGGCACCUACUUUCAAGCCCAGACUUUAAGAGAGGCUCUUCUUUCAGGUGGUUAAAGAAGUAACUAUUCUGAAGUGUUCUAGUUCUUUGAGGAAUGCUGAUGUAUGGAUAAAGUAUGGUGGGGCAAAGAACACUGGACCAGAAGUUGGGGAGGUAGCCUCAGCUCCACCACCAUGUCUCACCGUUACAUUCAUCUACAGGCCAGGUUCGUGUCUGUUUACUUCCUUUCCACUGUCAAAUCUGUCAUCUGGAAAGGGUGUGAAAUUCAUCCUGAAGAGACAGAAUCUCACUGUGUCACUCAGGCUGGAGUGCAGUGGCACCAUCAUGGCUCACUGCAGCCUCAAACUCAUGGGCUCAAGCAAUCCUCUCACCUCAGCCUCUUGAGCAGGCACAGCUGUCACCAAGAGAAGGCCUACUUUGAAAAGCAGAUGGCAGGAGUUUUGAGUACAAGAAAGGAGUUGCCUGGGCAGAUGGCGCAAGACAAGGCAUGAAGAAAUGAAGGUCUCAACAGAGACGCAGGAGGCAAACGGAAUAUAAUCAUCUCCUGACUAUCCAGUGGGCUUGCCUGCAAAGAAGUAUGAUUCUCAAGGAUACAUUUGUUCCAUUACAACUUUUUGUAUGAUACUUGGGUUUAUAACAAAGCUCAGAAAAUACUAAAAGUUAAAGGAGAAUUGAGAGCUGCCAAGGAAAUGAAAGAUGAGGCGGGGGAGAGAGACAGAGAAGUGAGCAGCCUGAACAGCAAGCUGUUAAGCCUACAACUUGACAUCAAGAAUCUGCAUGAUGUCUGCAAGAGACAGAGGAAGACCUUGCAGGACAAUCAGCUCUGUGUGGAGGAGGCAAUGAACAGCAGCCACAACAAGAAGCAAGCACAGGCAUUAGCAUUCGAGGAGUCAGAGGUGGAAUUCGGAUCCAGUAAACAGUGUCAUCUGAGACAACUCCAGCAACUGAAAAAAAAAUUGCUGGCCCUUCAGCAAGAACUGGAGUUUCGCACAGAGGAGUUGCAGACUUCUUACUGUUCUCUCCGCCAGUAUCAGUCCAUCCUAGAGAAGCAGACUUCCGACCUGGUUCUUCUGCACCAUCACUGCAAACUGAAAGAAGAUGAGGUGAUUCUCUAUGAGGAGGAAAUGGGAAAUCACAACGAGAACACAGGGGAGAAGCUCCAUUUGGCACAGGAGCAACUCGCCUUGGCCGGGGACAAGAUCGCCUCCCUAGAGAGGAGCUUGAACCUCUACAGGGAUAAAUACCAGUCUUCCCUGAGCAACAUCGAGUUACUAGAAUGCCAAGUGAAGAUGUUGCAGGGGGAACUCGGCGGGAUCAUGGGUCAGGAGCCUGAGAACAAGGGUGAUCAUUCAAAGGUACGGAUAUACACUUCUCCUUGCAUGAUUCAAGAGCAUCAGGAGACCCUGAAACGACUGUCUGAAGUCUGGCAAAAGGUCUCUCAACAGGAUGAUCUCAUUCAAGAACUUCGAAAUAAGCUGGCCUGCAGUAACGCUUUGGUUCUGGAGCGUGAAGAGGCUUUGAUAAAACUACAAGCUGAUUUUGCUUCCUAUACAGCCACCCACAGAUACCCUCCUAGCUCCUCAGAAGAGUGUGAAGACAUAAAAAAGAUACUGAAGCACUUGCAGGAGCAGAAAGACAGCCAGUGCCUGCAUGUGGAGGAGUACCAGAACCUGGUGAAGGAUCUGCGCAUGGAACUAGAGGCUGUGUCGGAACAGAAGAAAAACAUCAUGAAGGACAUGAUGAAGCUGGAGCUGGACCUGCACGGACUGCGGGAGGAGACAUCUGCCCACAUUGAGAGGAAGGAUAAGGACAUCGCCAUCCUGCAGUGCCAGCUGCAGGAGCUGCAGCUGGAGUUCACCGAGACCCAAAAGCUCGCUUUGAAGAAAGACAAGUUCCUCCAAGAGAAAGAUGAGAUGCUGCAGGAGCUGGAAAAGAAACUGACACAGGUUCAGAACAGCCUCCUGAAAAAGGAGAAGGAGCUGGAGAAGCAGCAGUGCAUGGCCACAGAACUUGAAAUGACAGUCAAGGAGGCUAAGCAGGACAAGUCCAAGGAGGUGGAGUGCAAGGCCCUGCAGGCUGAGGUCCAGAAGCUGAAGAACAGUCUUGAAGAGGCCAAGCAGCAGCAGAGGCUGGCUGCUCAGCAAGCAGCCCAGUGCAAAGAAGAGGCUGCGCUGGCAGGCUGCCACCUGGAGGACACCCAGAGGAAACUGCAGAAUGGCCUCCUCCUGGACAAGCAGAAGGCAGACACCAUCCAGGAACUACAGAGAGAACUUCAGAUGCUACAGAAGGAGUCCUCAAUGGCUGAGAAGGAACAAACCGCCAACAGAAAACGGGUGGAGGAGCUGUCAUCAGAACUCUCUGAAGCCUUGAGGAAGCUUGAAAAUUCAGACAAGGAAAAGAGGCAGCUUCAGAAGACAGUGGCUGAGCAGGAUAUGAAAAUGAAUGACAUGCUUGAUCGUAUCAAGCACCAGCACAGGGAGCAAGGCUCCAUCAAAUGCAAGUUAGAAGAAGAUCUUCAGGAGGCCACAAAGCUUCUGGAGGACAAACGGGAGCAGUUGAAGAAGAGCAAAGACCAUGAGAAGCUGAUGGAGGAAGAACUUGAAGCUUUGCGGCAGGAAUUUAAAAAGAAAGACAAGACGUUGAAAGAGAAUUCCAGAAAGUUGGAGGAAGAAAAUGAGAAUCUCCGAGCAGAGCUACAGGGUUGUUCUACACAACUGGAAUCCUCUCUCAACAAAUACAACACCAGUCAGCAAGUCAUCCAAGACUUGAAUAAAGAGAUAGCCCUUCAGAAGGAGUCCUUAAUGAGCCUGCAGGCCCAGCUGGACAAAGCUCUGCAGAAGGAGAAGCACUAUCUCCAGACCACCAUCACCAAAGAAGCCUAUGAUGCAUUAUCCCGGAAGUCAGCCGCCUGCCAGGACGACCUGACACAAGCCCUCGAGAAGCUCAAUCAUGUGACCUCAGAGACAAAGAGCCUGCAGCGAAGCUUGACACAGACCCAAGAGAAGAAAGCUCAGCUGGAAGAGGAAAUCAUUGCUUAUGAGGAAAGGAUGAAAAAGCUCAAUACGGAAUUAAGAAAACUGCGGGGCUUCCACCAGGAGAGUGAGCUGGAGGUGCACGCCUUCGACAAGAAGCUAGAGGAGAUGAGCUGCCAGGUGCUGCAGUGGCAGAAGCAACACCAGAAUGACCUCAAGAUGCUGGCAGCCAAAGAGGAGCAGCUCAGGGAGUUCCAGGAGGAGAUGGCCACCCUGAAAGAGAACCUCCUUGAGGACGAUAAGGAGCCCUGCUGCCUGCCCCAGCGGUCUGUGCCCAAAAACACCUAUAGGCUCUACCGAGAGAAUGAUCAGAUUAUGACCAACUUGGAGCAAUGGGCAAAACAGCAGAAGGUCGCCAAUGAGAAACUAGGAAACAAGCUCCGAGAGCAGGUGAAAUACAUCGCCAAGCUGAGUGGUGAAAAGGACAGGGAACCAAGCAGAGCCAGCAGCCCCAACACAACCCGUCCUUCCUCUCCUUCCCACAGCCACCUCCACAAUGUAAUGGUCCACCUGCAGCAGGAAAACAAGAAGCUGAAGAAGGAGAUAGAAGAGAAGAAGACGAAAGCUGAGAACGCAAGGCUAUGCACCAAAGCCCUAGGCCCGAGCAGAACGGAGUCCACACAGAGGGAGAAAGUGUGCGGCGCCUUGGGCUGGAAGGGGUUGCCCCAGGAUGUGGGUCAAAGAAUGGACCUCACCAAGUACAUCGGGAUGCCCCACUGCCCGGGUUCCUCGUACUGCUAGAAUCCACAUCUAGCCCUGAGCAGCAUUUCCACGCGUGUUUCUUCAGAGGACAGUGAGUUCCCAGCCCUCCCUCUCUCUUGACCUGGAUCAGCUCUUACAGGAAUAUAUCACAGUCCCAGCCUAUUUCGCAAGACACUAACUUUUGUUGAGUUUUGUCCACUUCCUGCCAUGGAGUGAGCUUUAGAACCAUACUACCAUCUCCAGGCCCAAACUGAAAUAAAGACAUGAGCACGA